AAUCCUCUUUGCCACGUCUCUUCAGGGCAGCAGCAUUUACAGCAGCCGCGGCCACAGCUGGGAAAGGGCGACGCGGAGGGAAUUUGGAGGGCUGCGCUACGCCCCCUCCCCGGCCUGGCGGGCUCCCCAGCCUGGCGGGCUGGUGGUGAAGGUGAUCCGCUCAUGGUGCUGUUGGAGAGGCGAAUUGGAAAAUUGUUACAUAAGAAUCAAGGCAAAAAGUGCCAGAGGUGGAAAAGGUGGAUUGCUUCCUGGUCAUGCCCGGUGGAAGGAGGGGACCCAGCCGGCAGCAACUAAGCCGUUCAGCUUUGCCUUCUCUUCAGACAUUAGUUGGUGGGAACUGUGGCAACGGAACAGGUCUGAGAAAUAGGAAUGGUAGUACUCUCAGUCUUUCUGCUCCUCCUAUCACUGCCCUGAUUACUCCUGAGCCUGUGAGGCACUGCCGAAUCCCAGAGCUCCCUGUGGAUGGAAACCUUCUAUUUGAAUUCCUCUUUUUCAUCUACUUGCUGGUGUCUCUUUUCAUUCAAUAUAUUAAUAUUUACAAGACCGUCUGGUGGUAUCCAUAUAACCACCCUGCCUCCUGUACAUCACUGAACUUUCACCUCAUUGAUUAUCACCUGGCUGCAUUCAUCACAGUGAUGUUGGCACGGAGGCUUGUAUGGGCCCUCAUCUCUGAGAACAUCUUUGAAACAUUUGUGGGAUAUGUGAGGGAAGACUGUGGAGCUGAUGGAAUUCUGGGUUUAACUCUGCAGGCCUCGCAGGUGGGUACUUCAUCAAUGAUUCACGAUAUGGCAUUGAUUCUGGCACGUCUAGUUCUACUCACCCUUUGUGUAUGGGUGCUCUGUUGGACUCUGGUCAACCUUUUCCGCAGCCAUUCUGUCCUCAAUCUCCUCUUUCUUGGCUACCCGUUUGGUGUCUAUGUUCCAUUGUGCUGCUUCCACCAAGAUAGUAGAAACCAGCCUCUUUCAACAGACUGCAGCUAUUUAGUACAGGAUCAACUAGUGGAUGAUAGUGCCUCAGGGGUUGGCAGUCUUGUGAAGCCCAAAGAUUUAUUUUCUCUCCUGAGAGAAUCUGUCAAAGAACAGUUCAACCCCUCUGUGACCACACCGACGCACAGCUGUCCCUUGUCCCCAGAUCUCAUUCGCAAUGAAGUGGAGGGCCUCAAAGCAGAUUUUAACCGCCGAAUCAAGGAAGUUCUCUUCAAUUCCCUCUUCAGUGCCUACUAUGUGGCAUUUCUGCCACUGUGCUUUGUGAAGAGCACUCAGUAUUACGAUAUGCGUUGGUCAUGUGAGCACCUCAUCAUGGUUUGGAUCAAUGCUUUUGUCAUGCUCACCACACAACUGCUUCCUCCCAAGUAUUGUGACUUGCUACACAGAUCAGCUGCUCACUUGGGCAAGUGGCAGAAGCUGGAACAUGGGUCAUAUAGUAAUACUCCUCAACACAUCUGGUCUGAGAGCACAAUCUGGCCACAAGGAGUGCUGGUACGGCAUAGUCGAUGCUUAUAUAAAGCAGUGGGACCUUAUAAUGUAGCUGUGCCUUCAGAUGUCUCUCAUGCUCGCUUUUAUUUCCUCUUCCACCAUCCCUUACGGCUUCUCAAUCUGCUGAUUCUCAUAGAAGGCAGUGUGGUCUGUUAUCAACUCUACUCCCUGCUGCGCUCAGAGAAGUGGAACCAUACGCUCUCCAUGGCCCUGAUACUCUUCUGCAACUACUAUGUCUUAUUUAAACUCCUGAGGGACCGAAUAGUAUUGGGCAAGGCCUAUUCUUAUCCACUCAACAGCUAUGGGUUAAAAGCCCAUUAGCUAUCUGUGGAAGGGAAGGAUAUUUUCAUACAGUUAUAUUUUUUUUCCUUGCAACCGUUUAUAAAUAUUUAAAAAAAAUAUUUUA